CAGUAGCUCAACGGCUGUGGUUGUUAACCAGUGACAAUUUUACAACAAAAAUUUAAAAAAAAGUUAAAUUUUACCACUUUCAAUCUCAACACUGUGAUCAUUUCAAAAUAUAAUUCGAAAAUGCAAUUAUUCGUUUUAACGCUGUUAAUCGGUUUAAGUGUGUCCGAAAAAUUACCAACUGCUCCAUACCCUCCAUCAGGAUGGAGACCAAACGGAGCGAUUUUACAUUUACCCCCGGAAUACAGUCCACAACGUUUACGCCAACCGAUUGUGGAAAUUCGUAAGGAAAAUGUUCAAUAUGCCGGUCAAUUGGGAGAAACAACUACGGCCAUUCCAAAUGAUUAUCUACCACCAUCUGCUACUGAAACUUCAACAACUGAAUAUUCCGAGAAUCCAACUGUAUUGCGCGUCCAAGGAUUACCAUCUCAGAACGCACCAGCACCAUUCAACGGCCAAUACAACGAAUUGAACACCGGCGAAAUAAUCUUCCUCAAUAAGAACCCCAGCAACUUUCAACAGAACGGCAUUCGACCAAAUCGAAACCAAUUGAACGGUCAAUAUCAAACAUCGAAUCGAUACACAUUCGCCCAAGUAAACAAGGAAAAACAGGAACAGAACUACAUUCCACCGAGCCAAUACUAUCCACCUUCCCAAACGGAAGUACCGCGCCCAAUCCAACCGGAAUCCGAUCGUGAAAAUGACAACGAUGAAGAAAAUGACGGACCUACUGUUGCAAUUGCCAACUCAGUUUCGAAUGGUCAAUAUUAUAUCUUAGGGCAGGACAAUACCCUUCAGCGUGUAAUUUAUAUGACCAGUCAAACGGAGGAAGAUUUACGUCGAAACGGUUUUACCGCUCAAUUGAGAUAUGAACCGGUUCAACCGAUCCGUGAUCCAAUCUAUGCGUACGACAAUCAAGGACAUUUGGUGAAAGUUUAUAAUAAAUAAAUUUUUUGGUGAAAAAUGUUCGAAACGCUAAAAUACUGGAACACGAUAAAUGGCCUCAGAAUGGAAUUGAAGUGAUUUUAUUUUUAAUCUCUGCGUAACAUAUUUAAGUAUAUAAAUUGAUGUAGACAUCGGCAAAACAAGAAACCAUUUAUUUAUUCAUUUGGAAAUGUA